UUUUACAAUCCAUUAAAUAAUAAACCCGACCCGGAAUCCCACAAACCCACUUUUUUCAUCCAUAAACGACGUCGUUUUCAUAAGAUUUUCCAGUAUAUAACUACAGUUCCCUUUCGUGAUCCGAUAUUAUAUCUUUCUAAGAAGAUUUUCUUCCAAACAUUUCUCAUCACCGGAAUCGGAGCAAUGCCUUACUACAGAGACGAAGACGCCGUCAAUGACUUCGACGAGUACGAUCCGACCCCCUACAGUGGCGGAUACGACAUUCACCUCACCUAUGGUCGUCCCCUCCCUCCCUGCGAAGAGACAUGUUACCCUCCAUUGACUGAUGAUUUCGAUUACGAUCGUCCACAGUACUCUUCCCACAGUGAACCCUCUGCUUACGCCGAUGAAGCUCUUGAUGUUGAGUACAGUAGCUAUGUCCGCCACAAGCCACGUCCUGGACCAGCUUAUGGGUUUAAUCCAGGUGGUGGUCAUCCACAGGGAGAGAGACCUGAACCCGCGCCUUAUGGGUUUCAGCCUGAAGCUCAGUAUGGCUCUGAGAGACCUGGAUCUGAAUAUGGAUCUGGCUACGGUCGUAAGCCUGAGCCUGAACCUGAAUCGGAAUAUGGAUCUGGCUAUGGAAAGAAGAGUGAGUUUGAACAGUCGGAAUAUGGAUCUGGCUACGGUCGUAAGCCUAAACCUGAACCUGAAUCGGAAUAUGGAUCUGGCUAUGGUAGACAGCCAGAACCUGUGUCGGAGUAUGGGUCUGGGUAUGGGAGACAGCCGGAACCUGUGUCGGAGUAUGGGUCUGGGUAUGGGAGACAGCCGGAGCCAGUAUCGGAAUACGGAUCUGGAUAUGGUAGGAGACAUGAAUCAGAGGAACCGAGUUCUGAAUAUGGAUCUGGUUACGGUCGAAAGACAGAGUAUGAGAGUUCUGGGUAUGUAGCGUCUGAGUAUGUUAAGCCCUCUUAUGGUGGUGAUGAUGAGUCACCGAAGAAACCAAGCUAUGGGAAUCCAAGUUACGGGAGUCAAGAAGGAGAAUACGGGAGAUCAAGUUAUGGGAGGUCCGAGGAAGAGGGUUAUCGUAAGCCUAGUUAUGAGAGGCGUGAUGAUGAUGAUGAGGAUCGUCCCAAGUACGGUUACAGCGAGGAACGCCAUGGUCGCAAGAAAUAUGGUGGUGAUGGCUCUGAUGAUGAUGAAGAGAAGAAGCAAUCUCGCUAUAAGCAGGGUUCCGAUAAUGAAGAUGAUGAAGAGAAGAGGCGAUCUCGCUACAACAAGCAAGGCUCUGAUGAUGAUGAAGAGAAUAAGCAUCCUCGCUAUAAGCACCACCACCACCACCGCAAGAGCUACGACGACGAAUGAUCUUGUUGCUCAUCGAUUGUUUGCUUGAAUUGGAGGAGUAACCCCAUAUAAAUAUAGCUACUAAAUAAAGGGUUGUGUUGAGUCUUUCAGUUCUUGAGUAUCUUAAAAGCUCUUGAAAACUAUGUUCUAAAAUGUUACGAGUGUUUGUGUUCUUGCUUUUAAUAAUAUACCAGUGUUUGAAUUGUCUUGCUA